UUUGUCCAGGUUCUCUGCUUCGGGUGCUUUGUUUAGCCGCUCGCGGGGGCAGCCUGGGCCCCCUGGGGAGUUCAGAGACACCGGGGGGAGCUGCGUGUCCGCGUGCAGUGAGCGAUGGGAACGGAAUGUCUCCGCUGGCGUAGCGCGGGCACAAAAUGUUCCGGUGCCCAACCUGCACGUCAGGUGUCCAAUGGCCCCGCGCUGUGCGGCUCCCUCUUCUGGAGCUGGGAUCACCCUCCCCCUCCUCCCGACCUUGGCUCCAGCGGCUGGCGCGCUCUGCGCCCGUCUGGUUCUGCCGGCGCUUGGGAAGGAGCACGCCUCGGUCUGCGUUGGAUACAAUUAAUGUGCAAAAUUAGCCUCGGAAGUUGUUUUGUUCCGUUUUUGGGUUGGGCAAGGCAACCCAUUGAGUCUCACUAUGGGAGUUGUGGUAGUUGAUGAUGCUCCAUCUGGUGUCAAAGCCCCUGAUGGGGGUUGGGGCUGGGCCGUUCUCUUUGGUGGCUUUGUCAUCACUGGAUUUUCCUAUGCCUUUCCAAAGGCUGUUAGUGUCUUCUUUAAAGAACUUAUCCGGGAGUUUGGUGUUGGAUACAGUGACACAGCAUGGAUCUCCUCCAUUCUACUGGCUAUGCUUUAUGGAACAGGUCCCUUGUGUAGCGUGUGUGUCAAUUGGUUUGGCUGUCGUCCAGUCAUGCUGGUUGGAGGGCUCUUUGCUUCGCUAGGGAUGGUGACCGCUUCCUUCUGUACCAACAUCAUUCAGCUCUAUCUCACUGCAGGUGUCAUUACAGGUUUGGGUCUGGCACUCAACUUCCAGCCAUCGCUCAUCAUGUUAAAUCGUUACUUUGACAAACGACGCCCUUUAGCUAAUGGGCUUGCUGCUGCUGGAAGUCCUGUGUUUCUUUGUACCCUCUCUCCUCUGGGGCAAAUAUUGCAACAUAAGUAUGGCUGGCGAGGGGGAUUCCUUAUACUGGGCGGAAUGCUGCUCAACUGCUGUGUUUGUGGGGCAUUAAUGAGGCCUUUGGAGCCUCCUAAGAAAUCUGAAGCUGCUAAAGAACUUACUGAGAAGAAAACAAAGAAAAAGCUUCUGGAUUUCAGUGUCUUUAAAGAUGGUGGUUUUUUAAUCUACACUGUGGCAGCCUCCAUCAUGGUGCUGGGCCUCUUUGUGCCUCCAGUCUUUGUGGUGAGCUAUGCCAAGGAUUUGGGAUAUCCAGACACCAAAUCAGCUUUUCUUCUGAGCAUUCUUGGAUUCGUUGAUAUCUUUGCCCGGCCUAUUUGUGGAGUGGUAGCUGGUCUGAAAUGGGUCAGACCACGCUGUGUCUAUCUCUUUAGUUUUGCUAUGAUUUUUAAUGGUUUUACAGAUCUCCUGGGUUCCAUGUCUAUCAAUUAUGGUGGCUUGGCAGUCUUCUGCAUUUUCUUUGGCAUUUCCUAUGGAAUGGUAGGCGCUCUUCAGUUUGAAGUUCUCAUGGCAAUUGUUGGUACUCAGAAGUUUUCCAGUGCCAUUGGCUUGGUGCUUCUGGCUGAAGCUGUAGCUGUUCUAAUCGGUCCACCAUCAGCAGGCAAACUCUUGGAUGCAACUGGCAGGUAUAUGUUUGUUUUUAUUAUUGCUGGAGCUGAAGUUGUUACUUCAGCCCUUGUGCUGGCUUUAGGAAACUUCUUCUGUGUUAAGAAAAAAUCAGAAGAGCCACAAACAAAAGAGGAGGCAGCAGAAAGAGAAGAGUUAAACAAAUCCGAAGACAAAACACCUGAAGAUGCCAAGGUGGACUCUAUUGAAGUAGAACAAUUUCUGAAAGAUGAACCUGAAAAAAAUGGGGAAGUUGUAACUAACCCAGAAACAUGUGUGUGAGUGACACAGGAUGAGUGGCAAAGCAUUUAGGGACGAGUGAAAGAAUUUCAACACUAUUUAUUUUAGAAACAGAACUAGUUUAGGGCUGGGCCAUCUGCUUGACCAACUGGAGGCCAAUCAGCUAAUCAAAUCACUGUUUGGAAGCUUUGUUAGGAAUUCUUUUCACCUAAAACUGGAUUUAUCAGUGAGAUGUGGAGCUCUGCUUAUAUAACAUUUUAAGUAAACUAAGCAGCCUUUGUAACCACAUGUAGAAAUCCUGCUAUGCAUCACCAGAAAAUUCUCACUUGGAAGAAAAUAUAUUUGAAUUAGAGAGGAAUUAUAUGUACAUUUUCAUUCAAUGGGGUGAAAUUAAUUGUUUUUUUUUUUUGUGGUGCAAUUAAAUGUAACUUCUCUUUCUGUGUUCUUUCUCAAGGAGAAAGAAUGUGAUAUGGGGGGGGGGGGGGAAUUCUAAGGAACUUAGUGGUCUCCAGUAGGUUUUUGAAACAUCUUACUUUUACUGUUGUUUUUAGAUUUUUUUUUUGGCUCAGCCCUAAUCUAAGUUGGAUAAUAAGAAAAAUAUCUGUUACUUUGUUUUAAGUAAAUGUAUUUCUGAAUUUUAGCUAAACUCAAUUUUAUUAAUUGGGAUUUUUAUUAUAAAUAUUGUACACUGAAAGGCACUGAGAGAUCCUGUUCUUAAUAAAUCACAUAACUGCUAUUCCUAAAUAGCACCUAAAGAAAAUGAAACGAGCAGUAUUAAUCCUUACAUCGGCUUACCUUGUUUUCUUUACAGCCUAUCUGUACUGCACGUACACUGACUCCUAUUGGUAACUAUUGUGCUGACACGUGCAGGCAUCUGCUACUGAAAUUGGUUGAAAAGUCACACAACUUUAGCAGCUGUUACGUCCUGUGCUAUUAAAUAUCAGCAUGAGAUUGACUCCUCACUUUUGUACAGCAAUAUGCUGACUUUACUAGUAUUUUGGGUAUGUGAAGAAGCAGAGCACUAAAAAUAAUUAAAAGUAACUCCCUGAGUUACUCUCUUUUCAUUCUGUAAUGCUGUUAGGGGAAAAAUCUAUCUGAUAUCAUCCCUGUAUGUAGUCUCACUGACUUUGAUGGAACUAAUUGGAUAAGUAAGAUGAGCAGGAUUUGGCCCUAUGCCUGAAUUACACCCCUUUUUGACCUGAUUGGUUUGAUUAAAAAUUUGGAGUCUUGCAGGUUAUUUCAAUUCAGAGGCAAAAUUGGUGAUGGAGUUAGGUGGUUCACUUGAUGCAAUCUUUUAUUUACAAAGAAUGUACAAAGUCCUGUUUCCUUAAAUGCAGCAGGCCUCACACAAUAAGAGACAAUGUCCCUGCUUACAAGUCUAAGCCACAUUUCCGAUCACUUAGCUCAAAAGCACUCUCUCUCUCAGGCCUGGUCUACUCUUAAAAUUUAGGUCAACAUGGCUAUGUCACUUUGGGAGGUGGGAAAUAUCCACUUCCCUGAGCAACAUAGCUAUGCCAGCCUAACCUCCUACUAUAGAAGCAUCUAGGUUGACAAAACAAUUCUUCUGUCAGUCUAGCUAUGGUUGCUCAGGGAGGUGGUGCUCCUACAGUGGAGGGAGGGGGACUUUUUGUCACUGUAGCUAUGCUAUAGGGUUAUGCCAGCAUGGCUAGCGCACCAUAGCUAUGUUGAUAUAGUUAUCAUAGUGUACUGGCCUUAGCUUUUCUGAAUACCACACUCCCAGAGCUUGUUCUGUCUGUGUCACUGGCUUUUUUGCCCUGGGACCUGCUGUUUGGUGUGUGCUCCUCUUGUGCUAAAAACACCCAAAUAGACACACAGCUCCACCAAUCAAUGCCCUAGCCCCUGCAUUUGCUAUAUGAGUCCCAGGCAACCCCUCAGACCACAUGGCAUAGCUUCCUCUUAGCUAUCCUUACCAUACAGGUCAGUGUUUUGGACAGUGGCCUCUAGUGUUUCAGCUAUUAUUAAACAAAGAAGCAUUUAACUGCUCCCUCAUGUAGCCUGAAUGUAAAGGCAGCUUGCCCACCACUUUCAAUGGGAUUUAACCCAACGCAUAACUAGCGUUCUGUGUCGGUCACAGAAGUAAUGGAAUCUGUGAUUUUCCAUGACCCCUGUGACUUCUGCAAUGGCCAGUGUGGCUGACCCCAGGGCCCCUCAAGCAGUUAGCUCCAGGGUCCACUGCUCAGGUAGCCCUGGGGACAGCCACACCAGCCACUGCUGAAACAGCUCCACAACCAGGAUCUCAGGUGGCCCUAGGGCCAGCCACUGCUUGGACAGCCCCUGGCAGCUGGCCCUGGGGACCACCCGAGCAGCGGCCAGGGCAGCUGGCCCUGGGGACCAUGUGAGCAGUGAAGCAGCUACUGUCGGCCACUGAGCAACAGCCCCUGAGACAACUCCCCACAGUGGGCCCUCCCCCUAGGUCUCCCCCCCAGCAGCAGCAGCCCCCCCAGAGCUCUCCUGCUAGCAGUGCCCGCUCCCCAAGAUUUAGUCAUGUGUAUAAGUCAUGGACAGGUCAUGGGCUGUGAAUUUUUCUUUAUUGCCUAUGAACUGUCCAUGAUUUGUACUAAAAAUACCCAUGACUAAAUCAUAGCCUUAUGCAGAAUACUUUUUUUUUUAAUACGAAUAAAGAGAAUCCUUCAAAUAUAUUAUAAAAAUAAUUUUGGGGAAAAGAGAAACUGCAGAGUAUGUGCCCAUGGCACACAAGUGUAGUCUCUUGUGGGUUGUAACGCUUGUGUCUCAUUUCAGCUGCGUUUAGUGGGCAGUUGCUGCGUGGUGUUGGUGGCCUUUGCUAUCAUAGAAUAUCAGGGUUGGAAGGGACCUCAGGAGGUCAUCUAGUCCAACCCCCUGCUCAAAGCAGGACCAAUCCUCAACUAAAUCUUCCCAGCCAGGGCUUUGUCAAGCUAUACAGGAGGCCAGCCUAGAUCAGUGGCUCUCAAACUUUCCAGACUAUUGUACCCCUUUAAGGCAUCUGAUUUGUCUUGCAUAGCCCCAAGUUACACUUCACUUAAAACUACUUGCUUACAAAAUCAGACAUAAAAUACAGAACUGUCACAGCACACUAUUACUGAAAAACUGCUUACUGUCUCAUUUGUACCAUAUAAUUAUAAAAUAAAGCAAUUGGAAUAUAAAUACUUUACUUACAUUUUGGUGUAUAGUAUAUUGCCCAGUCAUUGUCAUUGUCUGUAUGAAAUUUUAGUUUGUUCUGACUUCGCUAGUGCUUUUUAUGUAGUCUGUUGUAAAACUAGGCAAAUAUCUAGACCUCUGUGGACCCUCAGGGGCACAUGUACUGCUGGUUGAGAAUCACAGAAUAUUAAGGUUGGAAGAGACCUCGGGAGGUCUAGUCCAAUCCCCUGCUCAAAGCAGGACCAACACCCACUAAAUCAUCCCAGCCAGGGCUUUGUCAAGACAUGGGAAAGGCGAAAAUGUUCCCUUAGAGCCAUUACAGCUUGAAAAACUAACCCAGUAUUCUAUUUACUAUAAAUUGACAAUACAUCUCUUUAUAAAAACACUUACUCUGAAAUGCUACUUCUGUUUUAACUUCCACAUGCGAUAGGGCCAACUUUAAAAAGUUGGACCUGAGGUGUAGCCCUUAACUACUUCACUGGGGGGGCACAGUGCCUCAAUAGUAGCACCAGACCUCAAUGGGGUCAAGUUAUGUAACCUUUAUGCGAUUGAAUUCAGUAGCACACCAGAUAUUCACAAUGUAUUUUUAUAACAUUCCAAGUUUAGCAAACCUUAAGGGCAUAGGAGACAGGGUCUUGCAGACUAGCACAUCUUACACUUUGAAAAAUAAUAUAUUUUUUUAACUCUCAAAUUUCAGAGAAACCAAUACUUCUCUUUUGCAACCCAAAAUAUUUGAACAAUUAUUUCUCUGGCCCUAUGGUUUGGGAAUAUAUUUAACUGGUUUAUGGGGGAAAACCGUCUGAAUAUACAGAUGCAAAAUCUAAGUGCAAUAUUGUAGAAGUAAAGAAGUUUGCAUUGCUUUCUUUGAAAAUAAUGAGGAAUAGAAAAAAAACUCGCUCUUUUGGUGUACAAUAUACAGUACAUUAUAAUCAAGUUUUUUUUCAUCUUUGUACCUUCUGUAUAUUGUUUACAAUAGAGAUUAUGGUUAAAUAUUCUAGAUUGGAUUUUGUCUUGAUCUUGGGCCCUUAAAUUAUUUCCUUAUGCAAGAAAUAUAGUGUAUCUACAUAGGUUUGUGAGUGUGCGUGUGCGCACAAACCUAACAUAUGCAAACCCAAAGUAAAGUGGAGGAGCAGCUGCCAGUUACAUUCUAUAUUUUUCAAGGUGAAGUGAGGAGUUACCAAGGCUGCAUUGCCACCUCCUACGCAAUAGCAAGUAUUAAUUACUUUUAAUUCUAGUUCUAAAUAAAAACAUAAUAUAAUGUAUCCACUUGGAGGCAAGACAAGAAAACCGAUUGAACCGAACAUCUUUAAAUAAUGCAACAGUCUGUAAAAUAGUGAGCAGGAGCCUUGUUUUUCCUUAUAAAUACUGUAGCAACAGAAUCAAUAUUAGCUGCUAGUAAAUUAGCCAGCUCUCCUAGAGCUGAGAAUGACGGAUGUCUAGCAUCUAGGACUGGAAAAUCCUAGCUGUCAGUAAUGUUAAUAUAUAUUGAACCCCAUCGAA